AUGGCUGACGUUCGACAUACUCAUGGAACAGACGUGCAUGUUUUGCGCGCAUGUCAUCACGCAGAUGGCGCCGACCUCGUUGCUGUAGGAGGCGAGCAUUCCGUUGAAGUCUUGUUGACCACCCCUACCUCAUCGAAAGUUAUUGCUAGCUUUCAUGUCGGUGCCCGUAUAACUGCCCUAGCGUGGUCACCGAGUACAAUCUCCCCGUCCAACUCGGCCGAAUGGUCAAUAGAGAUUGCAGCUGCUGGCGCACACUUUGGCCUGUUCCUGUUGACAAAAUCUUCGAUAGAAGACGAACACAUAUUUGCUUUUGGGGGUGGAUUGAGUGGCCACCACGGAAAGGUCAAUGACAUGACAUUUUGUGGUGGACAAAGCGAAGACAGUGUACGGUAUCUCGCUACUGUGUCUGACGACAAAAUGCUCCUUGUAUGGGACCUCAACCCGUCUAUAGACAUCGCCUCUCCUCCUUCCCCAGAUCCUGAUGAUUCCCUCGACGAGUCUGGCAGGCCACAACCCACAGCCUAUGUCGUAUCGUUUCCGUACCCACUCACCUCUGUGAACUCGCACCCCACAACGAGCAAGGAGUUGCUUGUAGCGGACUGCCGUGGCUCGAUCUAUAUGACGGAUUGGCGGACGGACCCGGAAGAGAAUGAGCAAGACAGCUGGCGGAACUCGAGCGUGAUAGAGCUUGUCGAGCCGCGGGCACUAGCGGAUGCAACGAUGGGCCUGGGAUCACGGUGGUCGGGGUCGGUUGGUUGGCGGAGAGAUUCCGCAGACAUAAUCGGUGCUACAUACGGCUCCAAAUUUGCAAUCUGGGACAUCGGCAGUUUGCAGGGUGGCAAGCCGAGCCUCUCGGGGAUGAGCUUCCCCGAGGGCGGACAUUUAUUUAGGUGGUGUCCGACAUAUCCCGAGUACUUUGCAAUCUCGAGCAGCUCGUCUGCGAACGGGGCUGUGAUUCACGUCCACAACACGGCAUAUGCGCAAGCGUCGCCGACGGUAUUUACGGUUGCGUCCCGUCCGCACGUGAAUUUUCUCGACGAUUCGGUGUCGUUCGAACACUUUCCGCACCCGUUUUUAUCUCAAACGCCCGUCGCUCGUCUCGCUCUCAUCUGCUUAGUCUUUGUCCCAUCCCUUUUGUCUCCCUCCUCCUCGACGUCUGCAACAAUGGUCAAAGAAACCAAAUACUACGAUUUGCUCGAGGUUUCACCAGAUGCGUCGGAAGCUGAUCUCAAGAAAGCCUACCGCAAGAAAGCACUCCGGCUGCACCCAGAUAAAGGUGGUGACCCAGAGCUCUUCAAGGAAGUCACCCAUGCAUAUGAGGUCUUGUCGGACUCGCAAAAACGAACUGUCUAUGAUGCUCGAGGAGAGGCCGGUCUGUCUGAAUCGGGCGGUAUGGGCGGUAUGGACCCCCAAGACUUGUUCAGCCAGCUAUUUGGUGGCGGCGGUUUCUUCGGUGGAGGUCCCUCGCGUGGCGGGGGCCCGCGCAAAACGAAAGACUUGGUACACCGAGUACACGUCACCCUUGAAGAUCUCUACAAGGGCAAGACAUCUAAGCUCGCUCUGACGCGGAAUGUUAUCUGCGGGAAGUGUAACGGCAAGGGCGGUAAAGACGGUGCAGUACAGACGUGUACGACAUGUCGCGGGCAGGGUGUCCGUGUCACACUGCGUCAAAUGGGGCCCAUGAUUCAGCAGAUUCAGCAGCCCUGUGACACAUGCAACGGUACUGGCGAAAUGAUUAAUGCCAAGGACCGCUGUAAGACAUGCAACGGCAAGAAGGUCAGCUCGGAGAAGAAGAUGCUCGAAGUACACAUAGACAAGGGCAUGAAAGGUGGCCAGACGAUCAACUUCCGUGGAGAGAGCGAUCAGGCACCAGGUGUUACGCCUGGAGACGUCGUUAUUGUUAUAGAGGAGAAGCCGCACGAGCGAUUCCGUCGUCAGGACAAUGACCUUAUUAUUGAUCAAGAAAUUGACUUGCUCACCGCGCUUGGUGGUGGCCAGUUUGCCAUUAAACACCUUGAUGACCGCGCGUUGAUUGUUAAGAUCAACCCAGGAGAAGUCAUCAAGCACGAUGAACUCAAAGUGAUUCCCGGUCAAGGCAUGCCCUCGCACCGGCACCACGAGCCUGGCGACCUCUUUGUGCACUUCACUGUCAAGUUCCCCGAAUCUAUAGAUCCCUCCCUCAUCUCCCAGCUUGAGCAAGUCCUCCCGCCUCGCGCGCCAAUCGAGAAAUUCCCGAAGUCGAUUUUGUUAGAGGAAGUGGAAGUUGAAGAGGCAGACACCCGGCAACGCGCACGCGCCAAUGGUGCCGAACCGAUGGACGAGGACGAGGGCGAGCCGCGGGUGCAGUGUGCGAACCAAUAA